GAAUCAGUGUCAGUGAUGGAGGGAGAUUCUGUUAUUCUAAAUACUAUUGUCAGUGAUAUAAAAGAAGACGACGAUAUUCAGUGGAAAUAUGGAGCUGAAAACUCUCUGAUAGCUGAAAUCAGCAAAGAGAACCGAAUCUCCUCCACAUAUGAUGAUGUUCCUGAUGGGAGAUUCAGAGACAGACUGAAGCUGGACGAUCAAACUGGAUCUCUGACCAUCACACACACCACAACUGAACAUACUGGGGUUUAUAAACUAGAGAUAACUGGAGCGAAACUGAUAUCAAAAACAUUCAGUGUUUCUGUCUAUGCUCGUCUGCCUGUUCCUGUCAUCAUCAGUAACUCUUCACAGUGUUCUUCUUCUUCUUCAUCAUCAUCGUCAAAUUGUUCACUGGUGUGUUCAUCAGUGGUGAAUGUGAGUGAUGCGACUCUCUCCUGGUACGCAGGAAUGAGUGUAUUGUCCAGCAUCAGUGUGUGUGAUCUCAGCAUCAGUCUCUCUCUACCUCUGGAGGUGGAAUAUCAGGAUAAAAACACCUACAGCUGUGUGCUGAACAAUCCCAUCAGCAACCAGACCACACAUCUGGACAUCAACACACUCUGCCACACAUGUGCAGGCUUUGGAGGAGGACGAGGAGAUGGUGAAGGGCUGGUGACAGCAGGACGAGGCGACCCCAGCAGAAACGAUGGAGAGUUCCUGAUGGCACAGACCCAGAGCUCUCCAGUGUCAAUAACCCAGGGUGGAGACGAGGGACGGAGGAGCCAAGAUGUUGCUGGCUUGGCUGUCGACGGCCGGCGGAGACAGCCGGUGGAUCCGAUGGUGCAGACAAACAUCGCUGGUGCUGGAGACCCAGGCGAUGACAGUGUUACUGAGAACAGAGGUGAUGCCGACGUGAAGGAGGAACCUGCUGCAGCCGAAGGGGUGGAGGGAUGGAGAGCAGCGGCCAGUGGGACAAGGUAUAAUGAAUGGUUCAUUUCUUCUUCAGGUGUGUCUGCUGUUGAGCCAGACCGAGUGUCAGUGAUGGAGGGAGAUUCAGUCACUCUAAACACUGGUGUUCAAACAAACCAACAAGACAGAAUUAAAUGGUAUUUUAAUGACAUUCGCAUCGCUCAAAUCAAUAGAGAUCAGAGUAAGAUCUGUACAGAUGUUCAGUGUAAAGAGAGAUUCAGAGACAGACUGAAGCUGGAUCAUCAGACUGGAUCUCUGACCAUCACACACACCAGAAACACAGAUGCUGGAGAAUAUCAGCUAAAGAUCCUCAGCAGCGGCAGUGAAAAAAUCUUCAAUGUUACAGUCACUGGUGAUCUUGGUGCUGAGAUGGAUAACAAGAAUAUGGUGGAGAAGGGAGCAGCAUUGACUUCAGACACUGCUCUCUUUGUUUACUAUGAAGUUUAG